UGGCUAAAUGUGAGUUCUUCAAUUCCGGUGGCAGCGUGAAGGACAGAAUCAGUCUGCGUAUGGUAGAGGAUGCUGAGAGAGACGGCAUCCUUAAACCUGGAGACACCAUCAUUGAGCCCACGUCAGGAAACACAGGUAUCGGACUUGCUCUGGCAGCAGCAGUCAAAGGUUAUCGUUGCAUCAUUGUCAUGCCUGAGAAGAUGAGCAUGGAAAAGGUGGACGUGCUCCGUGCUCUAGGAGCCGAGAUCGUUCGUACCCCUACCUCAGCCCAGUUUGACUCUCCUGAGUCUCAUGUGGGGGUAGCUUGGCGUUUGAAGAACGAGAUUCCUAACGGUCACAUUCUGGACCAGUACCGCAAUCCCAGCAACCCCCUGGCCCACUAUGACACCACUGCAGAGGAGAUUCUGGAGCAGUGUGACGGUAAAUUAAAAACUUGUGGACACAAGACAUUGUGA